AUGAAUAUCAACCAAAUUCUAGUCGAGAGUUUGACUCAUCUGAACUAUGCGUUUGGAUAUAUCACCCCAGAAACGUAUAAGAUUGGCGUAAUGCCCGGUGUAGAUGCCUCGACUUUUUCUGAUUUCACAGCCUUGAAGUCCAAGAAUAGUGACCUAAAGACAUUCAUUACCCAUCUUCUCGCGUUUAUGCGGCACUAUGGCUUCGACGGCGUGGAUUUCGACUGGGAGUACCCCGGAGCGACUGACCGGCAACCUAAUGAGUUGAAUUCUGCCGAAGAUGGCGCGAACUAUAUUCUACUCAUGCAGGACAUCCAAGCGGCUUUCGAUCUUCAACCGGAAAGUUUGGUGCUUUCCUUUACCGCUCCAACUUCGUAUUGGUACCUCCGUUGGUUCGAUAUUGGCAAGAUGGCCGAAGCAGCAGACUAUAUUAACUUCAUGACAUACGACCUCCAUGGUGUAUGGGACUCGAAUAACCCCAUCGGUAAUCAAGUUCUUGCACACACUAAUCUCACAGAGAUCAAGGAAGCGCUUGAACUGCUGUGGCGUAAUAACGUGCCUCCGGCGAAGGUUAACAUAGGCCUGGCAUUUUAUUCACGAACCUUCCAGCUAAGCGAUAAAACGUGUACUACCCCCGGAUGCCCGUUUAAGGGGGGUGCUAUUGCAGGCGCAUGUACUCAAAACUCCGGAACUUUGUCCUAUAGUGAGAUCACGGAUGUCCUGGCCUCCCAAAACAUCACUCCCGUGUACGACGAGAAGGCUGGAAUCAAGUACUUCACCUGGAACCAGGACCAGUGGGCUUCGUAUGAUGAUGAGGAGACAUUCCAACAGAAGAUUGAAUUCGCGAACGAGCAAGGUCUUGGAGGGCUUCUCAUUUGGUCUGUGGAUCAGGAUGACCGCAACCUAGAUGCUCUGAGGGGUGUUUUAUACCCAGACGACGUCAAGGCAGAGAAUGAUAUUGGCGAUAAUAUAAGCUACUGGGAAAAUCAACAGCCAGGCGCCUGCGAAACCACGAGCUGCGGCGGAUCCUGUUCACCAGGUACUAUUGAGAUUACCACCGUGACGUGUCCAUCCGGUGGGAAAAAGCCGCAAAAAUUGUGUUGCCCCAUUGCCUCUGCCCCAGAUCCGACUUCCAGUAAAGACGGUGGUAAUAGUCACUGUUCAGAUGGGCGGCAAUUUUACUGUUGUCCUAUCCCCGAGGUAGCGGAUGGCGCUGGGAUCAAUUAUGGUUGGAAGGACAAAUGCUCGGAUGACCAGACUAUCCUAACCUUUGCCGGUACAUUUCUGGAAGAUAUCGCGCCUAUCGCGGGUCUCGCGGGUUUGUUUGGACCGGACCUUGAGGAUGCGCUUGACCAGUUAGAUAUUGAUAAUGAGAAGCAGUACUGCUGCGGAAAGGAAGAGGCAACGAACUGGAAAGACUGCUACUGGGCUGGAACGACCGGCAAGUUCCUUAACAGCUGCGACGAUAACCAUUGUAAUACUGGGAUUGAAGUGGAGUUGACAACAAGCUACUUCGGUGAAGGGGAGACGUGUGCUCCAAUGUAUGAAAGACAGCGGGCGUUCUGCUGCACGCCUGCGAGUGGACAAAGUCUAUUUCUGCCUGUUCCACUGGAAUACCUCUUCCCGAAUCCCCCCAGCUCCAACAUCGCAGAUCCGGUCUUCAAUCUCGAAGUUGAUGAUACUUGGGGAACAGGAAAUGCCGAGGGAGAAGACGAGCGGACCACGGCUUUUUCCACCCCAGCUUGUCAUUCGUUGUAUAUUUCCUAG